GUCUAAUUUUCUUCAGUAGAUAAUCUAUGACUACGUGGCUUAAUACCAUUUGCUAGGAUUCCCUCACCUCCACAUCCAGAUAAUAUUCGUAUCAGACAACAAACUCAACUGUCACAUGAAUGAACAUUAACAGACUCUUGUGUACAUACAUCUUCUCUCCUUUGUUAAUAAUUUCUCUCUUAAUCCAUUGAUGGCUCCAACACUUACAUCCAAUUCAUUUCUUCUCACCACCUCACCCCAUCCAAGGCUCACUCUCAAGAACCCAACACUCAGAGUGUUUGCCAAAAGAGGUGGACCUCUCUCAUCAUUUCAAUUUGGCAAACCAAAAGAUGACAGUUCAGAGGAAAGUGAAAGUGGUGAUCCAGGGAAUUCGAGUCCUUUUAAUUUCAAUUUUGGCAAGGUACCAGAUGUAAAGUCUUUGAUCCCUGUUGUGAGCAACUCCGGAGGUGGGCUGUCAUUUGGUAAUUCUAGAAGAAAGGACCCUGGCACUGUGUUCGUGGCAGGUGCAACUGGACUGGUUGGUGUUCGCAUCGCCCAAACGUUGUUGCGUGAAGGUUUCAGUGUUCGGGCUGGUGUGCCCGACCUUGGUGCUGCUCAGGACUUGGCUCGUCUUGCUGCUAAGUACAAGAUCAUAUCAAAUGAAGAAUCCAAGCGUCUCAAUGCUGUUGAAUCUACCUUCCAAGAUUCAGAAUCAAUUGCCAGAGCAAUUGGAAACGCUAGCAAAGUCGUGGUGACGAUUGGUCCUGCUGAAAAUGGUGCUACCACUGAGGUCUCUGUUUCAGAUGCUUUGCAAGUAAUCAAAGCCGCUCAGUUGGCUGGAGUUGGCCAUGUGGCUAUCAUCUAUGAUGAAACAAAAGGGACAUCAACUUACAAUGUUUUGGAUGGCAUUUCUUCAUUCUUUAACAAUCUAUUAGCACGAAAUCAGCCAUUGACCAUACCUGAGUUUUUGCAAAAAGUAAUUGAAACAGAUGUUAGCUAUACGUUCAUCAAGACAAGUUUGACUGAAGACUUUUCACCUGAGAGUUCAUAUAAUGUUGUUGUGUCAGCUGAAGGAAGCACUGCUGCAAACGACUACAAAGUAGCAAAGGCCCAAAUAGCAUCAGUGGUGGCAAAUGUUUUCUCUAACACGGCAGUAGCAGAAAAUAAGGUGGUCAAAAUUUUUACAAAUCCAUCAGCCCCAGCAAGGCCUGUAGAUGAACUUUUCAGUGCCAUUCCUGAGGAUGGAAGAAGAGCAGUAUAUGCAGAAGCUCUUGCAAAAGCAAGAGCUGAGGAGGAGGCACGAGUAGCUGCAGAGAAAGCUCGUGAAGCAGCUGAGGCAGCAAAGAAGCUUGAAGAAGAGGUGAAAAAGCUUUCAGAUCAAGAGGCACGAGCAUUGAGUUUAGCCGAAGAUGCCCAAGAGAAGGCAGAGGCUGCAGGGGCCUCAGUGGAAAGCCUCUUGAGUAAAGCAAAAGACAUUCGCUUAGGAUUUUCUUGGGAUAAAUUUAGUUCCCAGAUCACAAAUGCCGUCCAAAAGUCCAGUGAAAUACCUAAAGUACAGAUUGCUACUGUAAGGGGACAGACGAAGGCCAGGACGCUGCCACCCAAGAAAGCUGUCGUCAAACAGAUUACACCAAAGCCUUCUGUUUCAAAGCUGAAGCAGGAACCAAAGCCUAAGGGGAAGCAGACUGAGUCUGAGCCUGAAGUGAGGAAGCUGUUUGGUGGGUUGUUUCAGCAAGAAACAAUAUACAUUGAUGAUGACUGAGACAAUUCAUGACUGAACAUAUUUUGCAGGACUUCUUUCAUCCAAAUGCUGUUUAAUAUUUGUAACAUUGUUGCCAAUGAACAGUUUUAUGAGUGUUAUAAUCACAAAACUUGUACUGGUUUAAGGCCGGGACUUCUUUUUCUAAGUGAAGGAUACAAUUCUAAGCUUAACAAAGCUCUCUUUCAUUUGCAAGCA